AUGAACCACGAGCAGCCCACGCUGAAUAGGACAGGAUCACUGCCAAAUAAGCAAUUUCAUGUAAAUUCGCUUAAUGAUAUUGAUCCACAUCAAUCUAUCGAUGAUCUUGAGAGGGAAAUUGAAUACACGAGGCUAUCUAAUCAGGGAAUUAGACGCCAUCAGUCUUUAACAUAUGGACAUAAGAACUAUCCAAUCAAAUUAGAGCACUACGAUCAGCCUAGCAGGCGCAAUAACAAGAAACUAAACCUGAUCACUGACUUUAACGACUUGUCCAUCCCCGCACAACCUGCAUCGGCAUCUGCUUACGUUCCUCCAAUUGGACACAGCUCAGGCAUGCACCAGCAUCCUACGCAUAUACACCAACCACCGCCACCACCGCUCUCUGCCACUGCGGCUCUUUGGAACAACCAAGAUAGACAGUCUGUGGUGGGUAUGGCACCUUCUUCUCAAUGGAGAUUCGAUCCUAUCACUGGUCAACCUCUCACUCCUCCACCACCACCCCCCAAGAAAUCCUUACACUCGAGACUACGCCAACAACAUCAACCUAUCAACACCCCUCUCCCUCCUUCUCCUCCAGCCACCGACAUUCAUUCGAUGAUCGCAAUGAACGGCUACAACCCAACUCAGUUCGAUCUCAAUCCAAAACACGCCAGAUUUUUCGUCAUCAAAUCCUACACUGAAGACGACGUUCACAAAUCUCUCAAGUACAACAUUUGGGCUUCCACUGAACUCGGCAAUCAGAGGUUGGAUAAAGCAUUCAAUGAGAGUGCCAAUAAAGGUCCUAUUUACCUCUUCUUCAGUGUAAACGCUUCUGGUCACUUUUGCGGUAUGGCUCAGAUGCUCACACACGUCGAUUACGCCACUUCAUCCUCUGUCUGGUCUCAGAAUGAUAAAUGGAAGGGUGUCUUCAAACUCAGAUGGAUCUUCAUUAAAGACAUUCCAAAUUCUACUCUCAGACAUAUAAAACUACUCAACACGAAUGAAAAGAAACCUGUGACUAACAGUAGAGACACUACCGAGCUGCUUGAUGACGCCGGUAAAGAAAUGCUAAAUAUCUUCUUCCAAUUUAACUCUAGGACUAGUUUGUUACAAGACUUUGACUUUUAUGAAAUUCAGUCGAUUCAAAAGGGCGGCAGCGGUGGCAGUGGUGGUGUCGGGGGUAUUGGCGGUGUCAGUAGUGGAGUCAGUGUUGGCAGCGGUAGUAGUACAACCCCUACAUUUAGCCCACCAAAUCAACCACUUCAUCCAGCUUAUCAAUUCCAGCCUUCAAACCCAUACUCAUUUGCUAAUCUCGGUCAACAAGGAUGGUGA